AUGUCUUCGAAAAUCGUUUUGGUUAUUUGUGUUUUGGUGGCCGUAGCUGCCGCAAUCCCAGCGCAGGGUGGACCUGGUGGCUGGGGCGGAGCAGGCGGUUGGGGAGGAGGAGGUGGUUGGGGCGGUGCUGCUGCUGGUGGUUGGGGCGGUGCUGCUGCUGGUGGUUGGGGUGGACCAGGUGGAUGGGGUGCUGGUGUCAAUCCUUGGAUCCCUCCAUGGGUGGCAACAGCCCCCUGGUACCCACAGUGGGUUUCUUGUACCGGUGUUGGAAGCUCCUGCCUGGAUUGCAAUACAAGAUUAGUUUGCACUAAAGUUGGUGGUCUUCAACGCGCUUGCACUGACCCUACCUUGCCUUACUGCAACCUUGGAGAGUGCUCUGCUACCCCCUCUGAGGGUUGUGGACCUGUUCCUGCAGUCCCCGCUGAAGCUGCCGCUUGA